AUGUCUAUCGACGAACAUUCCUUCCUGAAAUGUUUCGUUGAAUCGGACGAGAAGCUCCUCACAUUUUCCUGGAGAUCUUACGACUACCUCUCUCAGACUGUCCUUAUUGAAAUACAGUCAGACGAGCACGCAACUGCAAUCAGCGCAUUUAGUGCUAUCUUCAGUACCUGGGUACGACCGAUCAAGGAUACUCCUCUGGCAUAUACGGCUUCGAUGAAUGUCUGCGGGGCGUUGAAGGAGAAAAAACCAGAUUUUUCAUGGACAUCGCUUCAUUCUCCCGCUGGUCGAUUGACGAGAUGGCCAAUAUUGGCUGGCGAAGUGGCCUGGUCUGAACCGCGUGAAAAGUUGGUUCGGGAUAUGAGGUUUUGGCUUCAGGAAUCUCGCGGAGAAGUCAAAGUCGCCUUAUCUAUCACCGUGCAUGCUUGUGGUCGGAUAACUGUUGAAAAAUGGGGUAUCGAUGCUGGCGACGAAAAUGCUUCUCCAUUCGUGAUGCAGAAAAUUGAAGUUUUUCGGAAGUCGCCGCUGAGUUGUUCGAGGGUUAUUGGAGAACUUACAAUUAAGUUUGAGGAGGUCUUUGUGCGGGAGAAGAGAGAAACCGAGACCGACUUCACUCUCACCGAGAAGGAUAUGGAAGAAGUAGCAGGACAAAUAUGGACUGUACAGUUCUCGGAGAUGUCUCGGGAAGAUGUUGGAGGCUUGACAUAA